AUGGCGACCCAGGCGGAUCCAGAACUCCGUGCUGAAGUGGAUUGUAUGAUCUUGGACUAUCUGGCCUGUCUCGCCAUUGAGAGAACUCUCUCCGCGGCAGAGGACUCGACUCGAGGUUCUGCCCAGGGAGACGAGGUCAAUUGGAUGGUUGAACCUGUGCAAGUCUCAACACGAAUCUGGAACAUCUCAUCGUUCAAAGCCACUUGUCUAACUCCUCUCUCUCUCUCUCUCUCUCUCUCUCUCUCUCCAGCCUUCAAAUCGGCCAUGACCACGGCAUACCCCGAGACUCUCCUCCCACGCGAUCUCGAGAUCAAGAUCCAAAUUUUGAGUAUCGCCCAUCAUUUUUGGAACUAUCCCGACCACACGGCGAAAUCCUCUUUUCCGCAGGAAUCCAAUCCAAGCGCAAGCUCUCAUCCCACAACUGGAACCAACGAUCGUCCGCCACGACCCCACCUUGCCAGUAUCGGAAUUGACUUUGUAGAAAUGUGCUCGGUCGCAGUCUCCAAAGUCUCCCACACACGCUGGUUCGAUCUCGGUGGCCGAUUCAUGCUUCAGGCUCGGAUGGAGGAGCAUCGCGAGGGUCAUGUGCGAACGGCCGCGAUCCCAUGGUUCUACGCCUGGAUGCCCAAUAGUCCGGAUCUGAGAGAGAAGUGGACGGUGGUGCGGGAUCGGUAUGCAGCAGAGUUACCACAGUCCCCAUCCUCGUCUCUGUCAUCAUCAUCGAUGGCAUCCUUUCAAGAAAAGGCAAACCCCAUGGGAAACGGUACCGAGGAGGCGUGGAGACAAGCCCAGGAUAAAUUCCCCUUUGUCGAAUUCAAGCGCAUGGUGAUCAUGUUUCUAGUCGAGCUGAUGAUGACGCUUGAUCAGCCGAUCUUGCUGCAAUUGGAGUGUGGCAAGCUGGGCCAUUUGACCGUCGCGGAGACGAGCCAGUUGAUGGAACGCAUUGGAAUCCGCUAA